UGUGAUAUAUGACCAAUAUACCACGGCUAAGGGUGUUGCGUCGUGCCUAAGAACAGCCCUUAUAUAUUGGCCAUAUACCACACCCCCUCAUGCCUUAUUGCUUUAAUAGAACUGGAGCAGAGAGAAGAUGUACACACUGCUCUCCAUGCUCUGCCCUCUGGCUCCAAACCUGGAGACACUACAGUUACCCCUCACUAAUUACAACCACAUAUAGGCCCAGGUGGGGAGGGCGAGUGGGUAUGGGGUCCCUACAGGAACAUGCUGCACUUGAUGUCAUACCAUACAUGUAUGCACACACAGACACACACACAGACACACACACUGGGUACAGUUGACGCACGUCAACCACGUCAAGUCAGCUGACUUGAAGUGGUUCUUUAGGGCAGUCGGGGGGGGACAGACUUAACCAAUGAGAGAGAGGGUAGAUAAGUAAGCACUUGCUAUUUCAGGAAAUGAUGCGAUUAUGCUGCGGGACUUGUGAUUUGUGGUUUAGUACGUUACCCUGCGUCACUACUUCAUUGCUCCAGACCAGCGCAAGGGGGAGUUAGAACACUGAUUAUGCUUUUGGGUCCCAAGGCGCUAAUGUGUCUCUACCUGACAAUGAAUGGGCGAUAUAAACCUAAAUAGAAACUGAUGCACGACUUCAGUAUUACUUACUAAAAGUCUUAUUACAGGUUGUUAUUCUAAGAGAAACUUAGACUACAAUUAGGGUGUGGAAAUGUUAGGAUUAUUUUUCUCUUACUGUAGUACUGUAGCCUACUCCCGACCGGUCAUGUUGUACAGCCCCUAGGUGGCACAGUGGUCUAAGACACUGCAGUGUGUUGCUACAGAUGCUGGUUCAAUACACGUGCCGGCCUUGACUGGAAGACCCAUGAAAUGACUGUAGGUUUUUGGUUUCUCUCACUCUAAAAACAGAAAUAAAUGAUUUUAAAUAACACCUGGCUUUAUUUACAAAUUAGUAACAAUGUCUCACCCCAUGUUCAAGAAUGCCCUUUUUCUCACUCAUUUUACGUUAUUUGAAAAACGAAAUCAUCUACAAAACAUGGUUAUUUUUUACAGAAAGCUAUUAUUAUUAUUAUUAUUAUUAUUAAUUUAUAAUUCUAUAAAAGCCUGUUGGAUAUUCUCACAGAUAUGUUAUUAACCCUGUUAUUAGCACGACAAUAUACAGUAUAUUGGUCAUAUUGGUCAUGGCUCCUGAGUGGCACAAAAUGGGAUUGCCUUGCAGUUCUCCAGCUGUAUCCACUGAAAUAGCGGUGGGCGCACGAGGUUCAAGGCACGAGGGCAGGGGGCACGGGAUGGGCCGCAGAGCCAUGCACAGAAGACGGACCUAACCCAUGGGGAAGGGAGGAGGAGGAGGAGGAAGUGGCCCGAUUAGCAACAUAAUCAAAGUGAUGACAAUCGGGGAUCUUCUGUAUACUUAUGGCCUAUUGUAAGCUGCAAGUCACACCUUUCCAGUACUCCUCACCCCGCCCCAAACUCCACCCUCUAACAUAGUUACCAUUCAGAAAUUAGCUGUUUAUCUAAAACAAAUGACAUUUGCGAACAAACGAACAGACGAAAUGGACAUAGUUUUCUCAAGCCAGCUUCUUCCUAUGAUGCUACCCGUUCCAGGGUUAGGACCAUAACCACCAGAGGACUUGAAAAUGAGCCAGAGCUGAGAGGAUCACCAACAGGCCACUAUAAUCGAUGGGGACUCAGGGCGGUACCAUUCUACUCAUCUGAUGAUGGGGACUCAGGGCGGUACCAUUCUACUCCUCUGAUGAUGGGGACUCAGGGCGGUACCAUUCUACUCAUCUGAUGAUGGGGACUCAGGGCGGUACCAUUCUACUCAUCUGAUGAUGGGGACUCAGGGUGGUACCAUUCUACUCAUCUGAUGAUGGGGACUCAGGGUGGUACCAUUCUACUCAUCUGAUGAUGGGGACUCAGGGUGGUACCAUUCUACUCAUCUGAUGAUGGGGACUCAGGGCGGUACCAUUCUACUCAUCUGAUGAUGGGGACUCAGGGCGGUACCAUUCUACUCAUCUGAUGAUGGGGACUCAGGGCGGUACCAUUCUACUCAUCUAAUGAUGGGGACUCAGGGCGGUACCAUUCUACUCAUCUGAUGAUGGGGACUCAGGGUGGUACCAUUCUACUCAUCUGAUGAUGGGGACUCAGGGUGGUACCAUUCUACUCAUCUGAUGAAGGUGCACAUGGAUCAGGUUCAAACUUUGAAGACCGAGAUCGAGUCAUUGAAGGCAGACUGGCAGAAAGUGAAACAUUAUCUGAAGGCAGAGAUACAGGUGACAGCUGAUGCAUUGGCAGAGAGUCAGGCAGCAUUGGCAGAGAGUCAGGCGGCAUUGGCAGAGAGUCAGGCAGCAUUGGCAGAGAGUCAGGCAGCAUUGGCAGAGAGUCAGGCAGCAUUGGCAGAGAGUCAGGCAGCAUUGGCAGAGAGUCAGGCAGCAUUGGCAGAGAGUCAGGCGGCAUUGGCAGAGAGUCCGGCAGCAUUGGCAGAGAGUCAGGCAGCAUUGGCAGAGAGUCAGGCGGCAUUGAGAGAGAGUCAGGCAGCAUUGGCAGAGAGUCAGGCAGCAUUGGCAGAGAGUCAGGCAGCAUUGGCAGAGAGUCAGGCGGCAUUGGCAGAGAGUCAGGCAGCAUUGGCAGAGAGUCAGGCAGCAUUGGCAGAGAGUCAGGCAGCAUUGGCAGAGAGUCAGGCAGCAUUGGCAGAGAGUCAGGCAGCAUUGGCAGAGAGUCAGGCGGCAUUGGCAGAGAGUCCGGCGGCAUUGGCAGAGAGUCAGGCAGCAUUGGCAGCGAGUCAGGCAGCAUUGGCAGAGAGUCAGGCAGCAUUGGCAGAGAGUCAGGCAGCAUUGGCAGAGAGUCAGGCAGCAUUGGCAGAGAGUCAGGCAGCAUUGGCAGAGAGUCCGGCGGCAUUGGCAGAGAGUCAGGCAGCAUUGGCAGAGAGUCAGGCAGCAUUGGCAGAGAGUCCGGCAGAGAAUGACGCGUUGAAGAGGGCGGGGAACGAGAUGGAGUCACAAUCCUUGCCAGGCACAACUGUGAGCUCUGGAGCUCCACCUCCAUCAGGCAGCGUCAACAUACCUGACGGGUGCAUCAGGUCGUCGGUUCAACCUGACAUUUCCAUUCCUCUUCUGACAACAGAACUUGACCAACUGCUCACCAGGCACAGCAUGGACCGUCCAGACCGUUUUGCUGUUCUGCUAUUCCAAGGAUGUGUAAACGAAGAGAGAUACCCCGAGUGGUCACAGAAUACCAACUGAGAAAAGUACUCAAAAUGCAGAUGUUUAUUUAGUUAUGGAUCCAUAACAAAUUACUAUGGGAAAGAAUAUCACUGAAUUACAGAAAUAUUGGAACAAAGUUGUCUAAUGAAGGUAAACAAAUUGUUGCUUACUGGAAAAUACUCUUUCAAACACACACUGUCAUGUUGUACAGCUCCAUUACGGCUAUUAGCAGGGCUAUAUUUUGGCCUUUAUAAAUAUGAUUUUGGCCUUUAUUCGGAUUACAAAUCGCUCACUGUCAUCGCUGCUCUGACACAAGCAUGGAGAAACAAAAACGUUCAUUAUAUUCCAUGAUAUUCUUUAUAUGUGUGACUGAAUAUAAACAAGUGAUGUCUGCUCAGUAAUCCAGUUGAUGGCACAGUCAUAUAGCUUCGACACCUUCAUAAAACGACCUCGUGCAACCUCAAAAUGUCAGAUAGAGCGUAUACUGUACAGUACUGUAUUUCUCCGACAGCAUCUUUAUGCUUCGUUAAUAAAAUGAGGAUAAAAAUACUCUUUCAAAAUACAGAUGUUUAUUUAGUUACGGAUCCAUAAUGAAUUACUAAGAGAAUAAAUAUCACUGAAUUACAGAAAUAUUGGAAGAAAGUUGUCCAAUGAAGGGAAACAAAUUGGAGGGAGAAUUCUAUUGUCAAAUGUAUACUUAGUUGUAUACAAAUGUAUACUCCUGUCUCAGCCUCCAGUAUUUAUGCUGAAGUAGUUUAUGUGUCGGGGGGCUAGGGUCAGUUUGUUAUAUCUGGAGUACUUCUCCUGUCUUAUCUGGUGUCCUGUGUGAAUUUAAAUAUGC